GGGUUUAGGCCCACCGUAACACGACAAAAUGAGUCGUCUAUAUGAUACAGUAGAGCCAUCUGUCAUAGAUGAGGAAAUGUUACACAAGGCUGUGGAAGAACAAGGACCAAAAGAUGAAGCUGGCAAGAUAGCAAAGAAGGAAGGGAUUAAUUUUGCUGAUGUUUUGUCACUCAGGCUGGAUUUUAAAAAUAUUUUAAAGAUUGAUAAUCUUUGGGAGUUCACAUCCCUGACAAAACUGCAACUUGAUAACAACAUUAUUGAAAAGAUAGAAGGUUUAGAUGUUUUGGUUAACCUGUUGUGGCUUGAUUUGUCAUUUAACAACAUUGAGGUUAUUGAAGGUCUCAGCAAAUUGACUAAACUCCAAGAUUUAACUUUGUACAAUAACCAUAUUAGCAAAAUAGAGAAUCUUGAAGCUCAAGUCAAUUUAGAAGUGUUUUCUAUAGGAAAUAAUGAAAUUAAAGAUAUCAAAGAUAUACUAAACCUGAGGAGCUUUACAAAACUUAAAACACUGAACAUUGGCAAUAACCCAGUUUGUCAAGAAGAGAAUUUCAAACUUUAUGUAGCAGCAUUUCUUCCUAACUUAGAAUUCCUUGAUUACAGACUGCUUGAUCAACAAACAAAAGUAGCAGCUUAUGAGAAAUACCAGAACCAAGUUGAGGAACAAAAUGAUAAGGACAAUAAAGCCAAGACAGCAGCAGAAAAUGAGGAAAAGCUGAAGGAAUUGGUUGAGCUCCAGCAGAAAGCCUAUAUUGAGUAUCUGGAUACAGACAAACUGUUUGUUGACAUGUAUGCUGAUGACCCAGAAGGAAACAAACUCAAUGAAAUACCUGGUGUUGAUGAGAUGCUUGUUUUUUUUAAAGAAAAGCUAGUCAAUGUUUGUAAGGAGUUGUUCAAUUUUGGUCUCCAAGAAUAUGAAAAGAGAAAAGCUGAGGUGGACAUGUUCUGGGAGUGUGUAAAUGAGGCCAAAUUAGAAAACAAGCAAGAAGGCAUGAAAGCUAUUGCAGAUUUCAAUAGUAAGAAGAAGCUGAUAUUUCUUGAAAUUCAAAGCUUGACGGACUCAAAAUUGAUGGAAGCAAAACUUCGAGGUUACAACGACAUGAUCUCACAGCUCUGGGACAAACUUAUGGGGCUAGAACUUCAACUGGUUGAUCAACUUGAGGAAAUAAUCAAAGAUUUUGAUCGCAACAUGCAAGAUUUGGUGGGUGUAUUUCUUGAAAAUGUACAGGGAUAUUUAACACAAGCAAGAGAACUGGAAAAUAUGCACAAUGAGAAAAUGAUAGAGAUGGCCACAACUGCACUGGAAAAAGCUGCAAAGAAUGAACUGGAUGAUGAUAUCUCAGAGGAUCUUAGGAUGUUGUUAGUAGACAAAGACACAGUAAUGAAUGCAGUGACAUCCUCCCAUGAUGUCCAUCUCCUAAAGAUUGAUAACAAAGAAGAUGAUAUAGUUACUAGAAUCAAUGGUUGGCUUAAGAACAUGAUUACCUCCAUUCAUAAUGAAGAGGAAAUAAAGCGUAAUCGCACAAGGGUUACAGAAAUUAAUCAUCUUAUUGACCACUUGAGAGAAGAGUCAGAAGGAUUAGACCUAGCAGCAGCUGAUCAACUUGGCACUAGAUCUCGGGUGGCAUUUGGAGGAAGUAUAAUGAAGCAGUCGACGGGUGAAAUAAGUACCAGCACAAAACAGUAUGGGAGUUCUGCCACAAGCUCCUUACGAGGAUCAAAUAACUAGCUUAAAAAUAUGUAUCACAUAUAGGGAAAAUCUGAGCAUUUUUCCUAUUUACAUUAUUUUAAGUUGUAUCUAUCAACUGUUCAUCGUCCUAGUAUGCAGUGAUGAAAUUAUUAACUAUCAACCAAAAUUCAUACAAGUUAUUCAGAUAUGUUAAAGGGUUAAAAGUAAAGCAAAAAAUUAUUCUAGAUAUGUAAAACUGGUGUAGGAACAUGAUGUCACAUCUCUGUAUUUUUAGAAUUAUAUAUUUUUCAUGUACAUAAUAAACUGUUCACAAAUGUGUUUUAAAUUUUUCCACAAAUUAGUUAUUUAAUUUGUAAAUAAACAUUAAAACAGU